GGCUCCGCGGCUGACGCAGCAGACUGCGCGGCGCAAAGCUGUCGCUUUAAGAGCGGUUUCCCCCCAUUGUCACAGAGUCGUGAGCAGGAAGAGGGAAACGAAAGCAGAGGGCGAGGGGGCCCGACGUAUUUAAACACGAUGCCGCCGCCGCCGCCGCACAGUUCGUGCGCAGGAACGCGCACUCAGGCCGGACGCACGGGACGCGCAGAGACCCCCGCCGGCGACCUCCUGCUCACAUCGACGGCGGCUCGGUUGUACCGAGCGCGGACAUCGCUGCGAGGGCAGCCGCCGCAGGAUGAUAUAUGUGAGAGACACGAAGUGCCACCUCGGGUAACUGCCUCAGGAAAUGAUGACAGUGUCCUCCAUCGCCGCGUAGCUGCUCCGAGCGAUUUUCCUUUCUCGUCUUGCGGCCAUUUGUCCCCUGGACGCGACAGUCUGUCCGUCCCACAGCCGGGCCACAGACCGCGUCUCGCCGGGAGCAGGUGCAGCGCGUCGCGGCGUCGGUCUGCCCGCGGGGCUGACUGCGGACCCGCGAGACUCAUCCGGAUCCGACUGGACAUCGCAUUUUCAGAAUGGCAUCCACCAUAGAGAGGAAAACCCUGGAGGCCAACGAGGAGCCGGUGGAUGAGGUCCUGCAGAUGCCCCCCUCUCUGCUGACAUGCGGCGGGUGUCAGCAGAGCAUCGGGGACCGGUUCUUCCUCAAGGCCAUAGAGCAGUACUGGCAUGAGGACUGUCUGAGCUGCGACCUGUGUGGCUGUCGGCUGGGGGAGGUGGGCCGUCGACUCUACUACAAGCUCGGAAGAAAACUAUGCCGGAGAGACUACCUCAGGCUCUUCGGUCAGGACGGUCUGUGUGCUUCCUGUGAGAAGAGGAUCCGAGCAUUCGAAAUGACAAUGCGCGUGCGGGACAAGGUUUACCACCUGGAGUGCUUCAAGUGUGCCGCCUGCCAGAAACACUUCUGUGUGGGUGACCGCUACCUGCUCAUCAACUCAGACAUUGUGUGCGAGCAGGACAUCUUUGAGUGGACCAAACUCAACAAUAGCAUUGUGUAGGAGGGUCUCUUGCUCAACAUGUGGCUUUGCCUUUCCCCACUGGCUUUAAAGGGAAGAAUUCACUUUUUGUAGCCUGCGCAGGCUUUAUCAUGCAUCUGACAUUCAUAUGGAAUCAUUUGAUCUCAGAAAGGAGAGGCUACAUCUCUGCAUUGUUUCCUGCUGGAGAUUGCACCAGCAAUAACAGAGAAUAUGUCUUCUAAAACGUCAUCUUAAAUGCAAAAUAAUAAAUAAAACAUGCAAUAAUAAUCGUCUGUAAUACACACUGGACUUUUGUAAAUCAAGCAAUGAACAAAGGCAAAAUUCUUUGUGAAGUUUCUUGCACUGUCAAGCACUGUCACAUCACCUCAGUCUGGCCAGACACACAGAAUGAGAAUUUCAGUAACGUACUAAAUUGGUAUCAAUUAUUGCCUAAAUAAGAAUAAAUAUAAUACAAAAAAAUGCUUCAUUGAAACCAAAACUAUUGAUCCGUUAUAAAAUGUAAUUCUCUAUGUAUGUUCAAUUAUAAGAUAUAUUUGGCUAACCUGUUGCACUGACUGAAACAGUGUGUUAUAUUGGCAGUAAAUUGGAAAUAAUAAUUAAAAGUAUACUAAUUUAUCUAUUUUAUAUCAAUAUAAUACUACACUGUUCUCUCGUGGAAACCUGCCAAAGAAACCAUAGACUUUAUUCUUUAUAAGGUAAUUAUAGACCUGUAAAACAAAGCGUUACCAGAUUUUUACAUUAUUAAUGGAAUGAAAUAUUCAUUUUGAAAAGUCCAGAUCAGAAUGAUUGUACUGUUUUGCAAGGUUGAACUGGUGACGCCCUCUAGUGAUCGAGGGGACACAUGCAAUAUUCAUUUUAUUGACAUUUGACAUGUUUCCUGUGUCUCUUUUGUAAUUGUUAAAAACUCUCUGGACAUGCACCCAUGGCUUUUUACAUAUUUACUUGUCAAUUUAUUAAAUAAACUACAAUUUAGGAAAACA